AUGGUCAGCACCUCGUACCUGGUGUUAUCUAUUUUGCUGGUGCUCAUACAGAGCAUAUGGGCUCAAAAUCUAACCCAGCUGUCCACGCUACCUGAAUGUGCAUCAAAAAUAUUCGCCUUUUGCAAAGUCCCGAUAAGAAAUCUUGGUCCCACGAUUAAUGGCAUUGCUGCAGGACUUGGAAGUGCAGCGUUUGUCUUUAUUCUCACCAGACUCGCGACAAGGCUUCAUUAUUCAGAAGGUGGGCUAGGCUGGGAUGACAUAGCUAUCAUAUUGCCUCUGCAAUUUGUACCGUCGGCAUACUCUCUUGUCUAUUUGCUAUCGUCUUUCAAUGUUCACCUGUUCGUUUCGCCUGGCAAUUUUGGAGUGGAGACCGAUCAGGAAAAUGUGUGA